CUAGCGUCUAGACGUCACUUCUAGGUUGAUGAGUUGUCCGUGUUAAAAUCUUAAAGUGACAAUAAUGGCUCCGAUUCUCGGCUACUGGAACGUACGAGGGAUUGCUGAACCAAUUCGCUAUCUGAUGGCUUAUACUGGAACAAAGUGCGAGUACUGUGACUACGUGACUGGGGACGCACCUGAUUAUGACAAAAGCGGUUGGUUGUCUGUGAAAGAGACGUUAGGACUGCCCUUUCCGAACUUACCCUAUUACAUCGACGGGGAUGUGAAGUUAACACAGACGACAGCGAUUAUUCGACACAUCGCCCGAAAGCACAAUCUAUGUGGAACCAGCGAAGAAGAGAUGAUGAGAGCCGAUGUAAUUGCUGCCGAGGCAUUGGACUUCAUCAAUGGAUUCAUAAAAUUCACUUAUUUCAGUCCAGACAUGGAAGGGGGAAGAGAAGCGUAUUUGAAUUCUUGCAAAGUGUUUCUUCAGCGUCACUCAGACUUCCUCAGCACGUAUCCUUACUUCACCGGCGAUCACUUAAGUUUUGCCGAUUUCAUGAUGUAUGAAAUCUUGGAUCAACUACGAACCUUUGAGCCAUUAGCUCUUAAUCCAUUUCAAAACAUCAAGGACUUCAUGGCCAGAAUCGAGCGCAUUCCUGCUAUUAAAGAGUUCUUGGAGUCUGAGUACUUCCGUAAUCGACCAAUUAGCAACAAGAUGGCACAAUGGGGAACCAAGCCUAUUCCCCGUCAGUGAAAGAAAAUGAACGAUUUAUCAACAGACACGCUCAGAUGUGAUCACAAACAAGAAUAUCGUAGUUUGAUUUACUUUUCUUUGUUCACAAAUAAAAAUGGUGGUCUUUUCUAUA